CUCUAUUUUAUUCAUGUAUAUCCAUUAGAAUAGAUUAGAUACCAUUUAUUAGCCAUUUAUUGGCCUUUUAUUGUAACUGGGCCAGCCAGGCCCAAGCCUGGAAGCCCAGCCCUCUUUUCUCCUAUAAAUACUCCCUAUGGGAGCCAUGUAAAAAGGGAUUGAUUGGAAAGUUGGAAGUUGGAAUUUAUUAUACACAUCACUUUAUCUCUCUAGCUCUCCCUUCUCUCUAGAAUUAAUACACUAUCAUUUGGUGCUUUCAUUGAGAGCUAGAACACAUCAAGUGAGAUACUCCCAACCAACAAGUGAAUAAUCCACGAGGUAUCACUUCGUCCUUAUUGGAGGAAACAUGCUACCUUUUCUUGUAUCUCAUGUGUACUCCUCGACCUAAAGGAAAGCCCUGCCACCGAAAACUAGAACAAAGAGAGCUAGCAAGAAGUGGGUGGGACCCUCAGCCAAUGGCAUAGUACCACACUACCACUUCGGCCCUUGUUGCUGUGCAACGUGCCCCAUCGGCUGAGGAGAAAAAUGACACAAUGGCUUAAAUCAUAAAAGCAAAUGGCUAAGAGGAGCAUGGCAGGCCACGGUCAAUCCCAUUACUACUAUUUGAUAACAACUAAGGUAUCUCCUGGAUCAAACCGAUACAGCAUCCCUCGUCCAAGCAAGGAAUCCUAGCUGUGUGACGCCUCAACAUCCCCUAGUCAGCGACCGUCAUCCCUUCAACCUGGAAGCGAUAGUGAUACACUGAUACCCCCUUUGGCCAAGUGGUGCUCCACCCUCGGCCGGAUUGCCACAGCGGACUCCACCGAACCGGCUCUCACCUCCAACUUGGCAGAAAUAGCCAAAGUUCUGCACCACUUCGGCCAAAGAAAGCCCCUCAUUCCUCAACUCUGAGGAGCCAGCACUGUACCAACAGCUGGCAGCGCGUCAUCAGCCAAUAGCACCUUCGGCCGGCAUUCCCAUCGGCCGGCACCCCACACAACGGAUGGGACCACAUCGGCCACCCGCAUCGGCCGCAACGCAUCAGCCGGCUCCUCAUCGAUCGGCUCUUCAUCGGCCAACAUUCAUCGGCUGUCAUCCAUCGGCCGGCACCACUUCGGCCGGCAACACAUCGACGCACCGCAACGGCAGGCACUGCUUCGGCCGCGCACCGCACCGGUCAAAAAGAGGGACACGGCAUCGUCCGGGACCGCAUCGUCCAAAACAGGGCCGCCUUGUCAAGCCACCUCAUCGGCCGGACCGCAUUGCCGGACCGCGUCGGCCAAAACAGGCCACCUCGUCAAGCAACCGUAUCGUCUGGACCGCAUCGGCCAAAACAGGGACUCCGCUCCAGACAGGCUCACUUCGGCAAAGCAUCCACCUUCGGCCAGAGUGAAGGUAACCCCCUCGUCCAUAGCUCCACAUUACGUACGACUUGGUACCGCCUCGGCCCUGGCUGCGGCAGCAUGCUCCCUCGGCCUAGAAGCAAAACAUAGGCCAACACUCUACUCAUAUAACCUCCUGCUACACCUUCGGUCAAGGUUAUGCGAAUCAAAGGAAAAUGACAAAAGGUGAGGGAGCGUGGCAGGCUACGGAUCAAUUCCAACAUCCAGCAGCUCCCAUCGGCUCCAAUUCACAGACUCUUCAACCAAAUCAGGAACUCUGGGUCACCUCUGCCAAACAGGACCUCCGUCCAAACCUGCAAAAUCAGUCACCAUCGGCCAUUGGAAUCGCCUCGGCCAGAACCCAUCGGCCAUUGGCCUCGCCUCGGUCAAAACCCGGCGGCCGGCGACACAUCGCCUCACCCAGCCUGCCUGACGAACUGAUGCGUCGCCUCAGGCAGUCUCUUCGUAAAAGCAGGUCGGUUUGGCGGAGAUCUCUGCCCCUUUCAUCGGCGAUUGCAGCAGGCGGCAAUCCCCAUGGCAUCUGGCGAAUAAGUCGCUUCGUCUUCUUCUCCGCGUUCCUCACAAACAAAGGACGCACCGUCUCCUUCUCUG